AUGUCAAACACCAAACUCAUCGUUGUCGUUGGUAUCACGGGAAAUCAAGGUUCUUCCGUGGCCAAUAGCUUCUUGCACAUCCCAGGAUGGCGCAUCCGCGGCAUCACCCGCAAUCCGACAUCUACAUCUGCCGAAACAUGGGUCUCCAAGGGCGUGGAGCUUGUUCAGGCCGAUCUUGACGACCUCAAUUCUCUCGAACGGGUCUUCUCUGGUGCUUCCGCCAUCUUCGCCGUCACAAACUUCUGGUCUCACUUCUUUGACCCAGCAAAUGGCCCCAAGGCCCAAAAAGCUGGCGUGUCCAUCAACGAAUUCGCCUACCAACGAGAAAUUACCCAGGGGAUGAACAUGGCCCUCGCUGCAAGCUCCUCCACGGUGCUCUCUACCCUGACGCAUUACUGGGCCUUCUUUUCGCUUGGCAUAGUCGAGCUUCAUCUCAUCGAUGGAGUCAUGCAGGCUAACAACCCGCUGUGA